CUCGACGAAGGACUGCAUGUAUUACUUACGCCAGAUGUUGCCACUUCGCAGAGGAUGCAGCAUGAACUCAAAAUAUGCGCCAGCCUCGAGCAUACAAAUAUUCUGCCAGUUUUUGGUUAUACAACUGGCUUCGGCCUAUUUAUAGCGAUAGUCAGUCCUUGGGCUGAGAAUGGAAACUUGUCAACCUAUUUGGCACGUGAGGGUGAGGCUCUUACUCUCGUCAGACGAUUCCAGAUACUCAGAGAUAUCACAGCUGGUCUACAAUAUCUUCAUGUCAACAGUGUCAUCCAUGGUGACCUCAAUGGACCUAAUGUGCUCAUCAAUGGUGAUGGUACUGCUUGUGUUGCCGACUUCGGUCUUUCCUUGAUGUAUUCGGAGGUUAUAAGAGCCUCUCAAGCUUCCUGGACUUCCACAUUCAAAGGCAACUUGAGAUGGAUGGCUCCUGAGCUCCUUGCGGAGCGAGAGGAUGGAUCUCCAGUACGACCAAGCAAGCAGAGUGAUAUCUAUUCGUUCGGCGGUAUUAUGCUACAGUUGGAAAAGCCUUCCCGAUCUCGUUAUCCCGAGCAGCCCGACAAGUACUGGGAUCUUAUUGAGCAAUGUUGGUCUACUGAUCCUCUGAAGCGUCCAUCAACGGAGGGAAUUGAUGAAGUGAUCAAGAACGAAUUUCUCUCGCUAUCCGGAUCUCACUGAUUCUUCGAACUGUUUUGCAUACGACAACCUGUUUACAUUACUUUAUAACCCAAAUGGACAGAUAGACAGUAUGUGGUAUUAGCCCC